AUGCGCAGUUUUCAACAAGCUUGGUUUACAAAAUUUUGGUGGUUGGAAUAUUUUGAGAAAAAAGAUGUUGCAUUUUGUUUCCCUUGCUUUCUUUUUAAUAAGAAACCUAUUGGACGAGUCGGGUCAGAUACAAUUACCGUGACAGGAUUUAAUAGGUGGAAAAAGGUGAAUUGUGGCAAAGAUUGUGCUUUCAUCGUCCAUGAAGGUAAGACUCCGGCCUCAACACAUAAUUUUUCUGUUAGAUGCUAUGAAGAUUUAAAAAACCAAUUGUGUCACAUAGAAAAUUUGAUUGAGAAACAAAUGACUCAACAAGUUAUGGAUAAUAGAUUAUGCCUUAAAGUUUCUGUUGAGGCUAUUAAAUGGCUCACAUUUCAAGCAUGUGCUUUAAGAGGUCAUGAUGAGCGACCUGACUCAAGAAAUCAAACGAAUUUCCUUGAACUUAUAAAGUUGCUUGCUUCUUAUAACAAGACUAUUGAUGAUGGUGUGUUAGAAAAUGCUCCUCAAAAUGCAAAGUACACAUCACCCGAUAUCCAAAAAGAAAUAUUAAGUGUUUUAGCUACAAAUGUACAAAAAGCCAUUCAUGAUGAAAUCGGGAUGGCAAAAUUUUGUUUGAUUGUUGACGAGUCUCAAGAUGAAUCUAAGAAGAAACAAAUGGCUAUUGUUGUGAGAUUUGUUAACCGAGAAGGACAUGUCAAAGAAAGAAUUUUGGAUUUGAUCCAGGUCAAAUAUACAACUUUAUUGACCUUGAAAAAUGCGAUAAUGGGUUCAUUGUCUUAUCAUAAACCUAGUGUCCAAGAUAUUCGGGGUCAAGGAUAUGAUGGAGCUAGUAACAUGCGUGGAGAAUGGAAUGGGUUGCAAGCUUUAUUAUUAAAGGAAUGCCCUUAUGCUUAUUACAUACAUUGUUUUGCUCAUCAAUUGCAAAUGUCUCUAGUUACAGCGACUAAAGAUUUGACUGAGAGGAGUGACAUUCUGAUUCCUGGUAUAAAUGAAACUUAUAGAUAUGUAAUUCGAACACGGCAUGAUAAACAUGAUAUCAUUGUAGAGCAUCACUACCGAGUUGAAUUGUUUAUUGUUGCUAUUGGCAGUCAGUUACAAGAGUUAAACUCUAGAUUUAAUGAGUCUGUAACGGAGCUUCUUCGUCUUAGUGCUGCGCUAGAUCCAAAAAAUCCUUGA